GGUCUUUUAAGUAAAGGCGUGGCGUUUCUUUUUGCUAUGCACAACACGUUGUUAGUCCACUACUAACGCGACAACCAUCUAUUUCCAUCCAGAUGUUCAGCCAAUAAGAAGCGGCGCUGAUUCCAGCGAAGGAAGGAGGCGGAGGGAGGAAUGCUGCAGGAUGCACAUUAUCAUGGCUGUCAAACCUCAGUGACCACAGGAUUAAAAAAAACAAAAAAAACAAGCAUAUCUUUCCAUGCGAGGUUGACGUGGAGGACUGACACCAUGCUCGCUGCAGCUGCCACGGUGUUGCUCGGAACGGUAGCUUACAUUGUGCAUGCCCAAGAAGUGACACUCAGAGAGUUUCAUGAAGGAAAUGUCCAUUCGGAGCAGGCCGCGGCUUUGCUGCAAAGACGAACCUUGUACAAAGACGUCGUCACCAUCUUGUCAAGAUCCCACGCAGACCGUAAUGUCUAUCCAUCAGCUGGAGUGUUGUUUGUCCACGUGCUGGAGAGAGAGCACUUCAAAGGAGAGUUUCCUCCUUACCCCAAAUCAGGUGAUGCCAGCAAUGAUCCGAUCACCUUCAACACCAACCUGAAGGGCUUCCCCGACAGACCCGGCUGGCUGCGCUACAUCCAGAGGACUCCUCACGGCGACGGCGUGCUCUAUGGUUCCCCCACUGCAGAGCACGUUGGCAAGCCUACUGUGAUAGAGAUUACCGCCUAUAACAGACGCACGUUUGAGACGGCGCGGCACAACCUGGUCAUCAACAUCAUGGCAACAGAAGAGUUCCCGCUGCCUUACCAGGCUGAGUUUUACAUCAAAAACAUGAACGUGGAGGAGAUGCUGGCCAGCGAGGUGCUGGGAGACUUUCUGGGCGCCGUGAAGAACGUGUGGCAGCCCGAGCGGCUCAACGCUAUCAACAUCACGUCGGCGCUGGACCGCGGCGGCCGGGUGCCCCUGCCUAUCAACAACCUAAAAGAAGGUGUGUAUGUGAUGGUCGGCGCUGACGUUCCCUUCUCGUCGUGCCUGCGGGAGGUGGAGAACCCACAUAACCAGCUGCGCUGUAGCCAGGAGAUGGAGCCUGUCAUCAGCUGUGACAAGAAAUUCAGAGCUCAGUUUCACAUCGACUGGUGUAAGAUCUCCCUGGUCGAUAUCAACAAAGUGGUUCCAGUGUACGUUUCCCGCCCAGAUCCGGGCACAGGAAUCCUGCCCGAGUUCGGAGAGUACAACCCCCCGUCGGAGUCUCUGAGGAGCCCAGACUACUUCUUCGACUUCCUGGUGACGCUGGCCGUUCCAUCCGCCGUGGCCCUCGUCCUCUUCUUCAUCCUCGGCUACACUAUGUGCUGCAGGCGGGAGGGGGUGGAAAAAAGAAACAUGCAAACACCAGCCAUCCAGCUGGUUCACCACAGCUCCAUCCAGAAGUCCACCAAGGAGCUGCGGGGGAUGUCCAAGAACCGUGAGAUCUCCUGGCCUCUGUCCACCCUGCCCGUCUUCAACCCGGUCAGCGGGGAGGUGGUGCCCCCCAUUCACCCCGACAACUACGAGACCACCAGCAUGCCUCUCAUGCAGACACAGGCAAAUCUGCAGAAUCAGAUUACAAUACCACAGCAGAGGCCAUCAGGAGAUAAUUAUGUCAUGUCAACAUUUCGAAGACUGGAGGUAAAUGGUAUCCCUGAGGAAAGGAAGGUGGCUGAAGCCCUUAACCUAUGACCAGAACCGCCAGUGUAGGAACUGCCUUCAAUCUGUCUGGUUUUUUUUGUGUGUGUUUUCUAACAUUUGUGCCAAACUAGGGCUGCAUGAUAUUAACAAGUCAUGUAUCUGCCAUAUUAUUGCCGAAUACUGCAACAAUGAUGUCAGUGGCGGUUAAUGCAUCUCUUUUUCCACUCAUGAUGCUUCCAACUGUGUAACCUUUAGCAUCUUAGGCACGAGCCUCUAUGUCAGGUGUCGAUGUCUACUUCAGCGACACUCCAUCCAACAGAUGAGUGGGUUACUGGCAUGCAAAGUGUUAAUUCAUGACACAUGGGCAUUGUGAGAACAUCGCACACAAUAUUUGAACUAUUUUGCAUUCCCGGUCAUCAACCUGCAUGUCUCACAUGGAAGGUUUCAGUCACAUAUCAUUCCUGGUUGGUGAGAAUCUGUAACAGAGGAGUAGCAGAUCCAUAAGAUGUGUAUAUGUUAAACAUGGACCUCAGAGAAAAAGAAGUUUGUAAUGUGUCAAUUUUAUGUAAUGUAUAAGUUGGUAAUAAAUUCUUUAUAAAAUA